ACGUCUAAAUUUUUAAACGAAAAUUCAACUUGGAAUAAACAAGUUAAUAAUAUUAAGUUUAAGACAGCUAGAGUAAAAGACUAUUCAAAUUUUUUAGCUAUUAGUGUAGAGAAUUUGACCACUUUUACUAGUCCGACGUGGUUAAAACAAAAAUUGCGGCAAUCUGGAUUAACACCAUCUAAUAAUUUAUUAGACUUUCAAAACUAUAUAUUAUUAGAAACAGGUUAUCCUUUUGAAUUGUAUGAUUUAAAUAAAAUUAAAAAUAAAGUUGAAGACACGACUUUCAGUUUAAAACUAGAAAAAGCAACAAGCAAUGAAACAUUUUACGCUAGUAAUAAUUUGACUUAUCAGUUAAAUGAUUCGAUUUUAAUAUUAAAAGCAAAUGAUUUAUCUUUAGCAAUUGGCGGAAUAAUUCCCCAUAAAGAAUUUUGUUAUACUGAUGAAACAAAAUCUUUAUUAAUUGAAUCUUCUAUUUUUAAUUCUACAAAAAUUCGACAACAAUCACGAAUCUUAGGCUUAAGAACUGAUCGUUCUGCUAGAUAUGAAAAAUCUCUAAAGUCUGAUUCAUUAAUUGAAUCUGUCUAUCAAUUAAUAAGUUUAUUAAAGACAACAAAUCCAAAUUUAAUUUGUAAGCUUCAUACAAGUUUUAAUGGUGAAUUUCAAAAACUAGCGACUAUUGAUUUGCAUCAUAAAACGAUUAAUGAAAUUUUAGGACCUAUCAAAGGUUAUGCGAAAUCGAAAUCAAAAUAUAUUACACCAGCGAUGGUUAAUAAUUAUUUAAUGCGAUUAAAAUUUAAUAAUACGUUUGAUGAUUCAGAGUUAAUGUGGGAAGUUGAAAUCCCUAAUUCUCGAAGUGAUGAUAUUACUCGUCAAAUUGAUUUAAUUGAAGAAAUUGGGAGAUUGCAUGGAUUUAAUAAUUUUUUAACUCGAUUACCUAAUAUCAAAAAAGUAGGAAUCCAAGAUGAGAGUUAUCAAAUUCGAAAAAAAUUGACUUCUUGUUUAUUAAACGCGUGGUUUUAA